AUGGCAGCCACCCUCAUGCAGCAGCCCGCGCACCGUCCAUCCAUGGACCACGUCGCGUCCUUUGACCGGUCUCGUCCCUCGUCCACCGUCUCCGCCCCCUUUGGCUCCCCCAGCUACGAACGCAGUCCAUCACCCGCAACGCAAGGAAGCGCUGGGGCGCCAGGGGCGCCGCGCUCGCGGACCAGCUCGAACAAUUCGGCAGCGCCCACUGCAGCGGUGACCACCGCACAGAUGGCCCAGCCUGUCCCAUCGCCAUACACUCAGCAACAGUACGCCAACUACUUUGCUGCCAACCCGGGAUACGCCGCUGCCAUGCACCAGCAAGCCGCCGCUUGGGGUGCACCCAACGGUGUCUCUGCUCCGUCGUUCUAUGCCGCCCCCUUCCACGCCUACCCCAAUGGCCCCGCACCAGGGGCAUAUCAGCAGGGUUUCCAGCAUGGUCAGGCCGACUUCUCCGCCUGGGCGCACGUGUACCAGCAAAUGGUUGCUGGUGGACACAUGCCCGCGCCCGGCAGCAUGCCCCCCAUGCCAGCGCAGCAGCAACAAGAGCAUGACGAUGUUGCCGACCCACCCAGGCGGCGAACUGUUUCAAGUGCCUCUGCAGCUCAGCCCUCGUCCCAAAAGGCCAUCCAGCAGCCCCAACAGCCGUUCCACCCUUACCAGCGUGGGCCCAAGCACAGGAGCAACGGGUCGCGCGACACCGUCCGGAGCGCCUCCCUUGGCUCCGUCUCUGUCGAUGGUCUUGGCAACAAGGUUCCACGCAGCGCUUCGCAAGAGCUUGACCACAUCCGCACUGCGAGCGCCGACAUGAACUCUCCCCCUCCUCUCUCCGCAAACGACGCCGACCUCGUGCCGCCGCCAAAACUCGGAGCCCGCGACCGCCCGGCCUCGGUCAAGAGCCAGGGCAGCUCGCGUGACGGAUCGCGUUCGCCGGUUUCAACCACCCAGUCCCGCACAGCAUCGCCAACUGUUGCGUCUCCGCCAGCAUCGUCCACGCCAUCCAUCAAGUCUGCAUCGCGCUCGUCGACACCUCUCACCACUGGUACCAUCGCGACCAACGCAACCAAUUCGGCGCAGUCUCGCCCCUCACCCCUUUCUCAGACUGCGCCGGCUGCGGAACAGCAACAGCUGAGUGACAAGAAGCAGGCUCGUCACCAACAACAACAGCAGCAGCAGCAGCAACCCCGCCAAGUGUCUCGCUCGCGCCCUGCCCCUCCCGCCAACGGACAUGUCGACCUCGCACCACCCAACGCACCGUUUAUCAACGUUCAGGCGAUGGCGAGCGAUGUCAGCUUGGCCGAGACCCAGCGUACCGCCGCGACCACCACUCCGUCGAUCGCCGGCGCCAAGAGCAACAGCGGCAAGCGUAGUCUGUUCAGGAUGAAGAACAAGUCGUCGGACAACAUGUCCAUCUCUUCGACCGUCUCGUCUGCCAGUAUGAUGAUCCGGAAGCUCGGCUCCCUUGGCAAGCUUGCCCGCCGCAAUUCGCUCAUGGGCAUAUCCAAGAUCUUCAAGGACAAGCCCAAGGACGAGGACGCGCCUGUUCCUGCAAAGCAAGGUGUUCUGAGCUUCAAGAAGAAGAACGGCAAGAAGGCCGAAGUCGCCCCGGCCGAGGUCAGCCACGCUACUGCCGAGCUCGACCGCAUCUCCGAGGACGAGGACCGUGUGCUCUCUGGUCUCACGCCCGCUGCCAAGCUCGCCCGGCAACAUACCGUGCGCUCGCGCCAGGAGGCGGCGAAGAAGGCCGAGGAAAGCAAGCGUGCCGCGAUGGCACAGGUACAGGCCAUUCCUGAAUUGGCCGGGCCGUCAGGAGAGCCUACGUGGGAUGUAAGCACGACCACUCGUGCCACGCAGAUUGCCGAGGCCUCCGCGGCGGCGGCAGUGACAGCACCGUCCGUGGUCCACGUUGUGCCUCGUAGCAGUGGCCCCACCAUUGUCCAGGCUGUCGCGUACACCUUUGACAGCGAUGCCGAGAGCUCGGACGGCGACGACACCGUCGACGACAUCACCACGUCCAUGCACCAAACGUCCCUUGUCGACGACGAUUUCAGGCCUCUUUGGGUUGGUCCCAACAUCAACCACAAAGCACAGCCCAAGAAGGGUAUUCUGAAGAACACCGUCUCGAACGAGAACAUGGAGACUGCCAGCCGCCAGCGUUCAAGCUCCACUUCGGAAACUGUCCUUCAGUCCAGCGCUCCUGGUCGCUCGGUGCUGUCGCCGCUCACCGCGCCCACACCCGAGAGGAUAGAUGGCGUUGCCCACGCUCCCCAUGUCGACAGCAUCGGCGGCGACAAGGUCGAGACAGUCACUGAGGACCCAGGUACCUAUGACCCUCUCUCGCCCGACUUUUCGCCGUUUGACAGCGGACCCAUCGAGCUCGACCUGAAGCCCAGCAUCUAUAAGCGUCCCGUUCUGAACACGUCAGCUCCUUCGCUCUCGCUUGCCGGCCACGGCGUUCAGCCCCAGGCUGCUCGCGCGAUGACUGCCCCCAUCCGCCGUCGUCUCAUCUGGGCACCCGAGUGUGCCGUAUACAGCACGUACGAUGCCGGCACGUAUGAUCGCCGAUCGGAACCUGCCACCUGCAACCGUCUCACACCUGAACUGGCCAUGGCCAUCAAGCAAGAGCUCAACGCGUUCAAGCUUGAGAUGCCCGUACACCCCGACAGCCGUGUUCACACCCACUACUUUGCCUAA